AGUUAACUCAAUAAUAGUAAUAAGGUAAAUAUAUAAACAUAGGAUGCUAUUCAUAAAUCAUAAGAAUGAAAUCGACAUACAUGAACGAAAGAGCAAAAAAUGUGUGUGCAUAUAAUAAUAUCAUUAAUCGAAAUCGCAUGAUGCCUGCCCUUACAUAUCUUGAUCUCAGCGCUAAUAGCUUAAAAGGUUCCAUUCCUGAAUAUUUUGGAAACAGCAUGCCUGCGCUCACACACCUCGAUCUGGGAGAUAAUUUAUUUGACGGCUUCAUUCCUGACACACUCGGUAAUAUGGUUAAGUUGACUUACCUUAACCUUCAAAGGAAUAGGUUGGAAGGUCACAUUCCUGAAGCCCUGGGGAAUAUGCCUGUCCUUGAAGAGCUUCAGCUUUGGGGUAAUGAUAAACUACAAGGAGAAAUCCCAAAAUCCAUUUGGAACAUAUGCACUCUGCAAGUCUUGACUUUGAAUUUCAACCGUCAUAGUGGAACUCUAUUCAUAUCCACAUUAUGUCCAAAUCACCCUCUCCAGGAGUUAAGGUUAAGCGAGAACCGUUUUACGGGCCUAUUUCCUGAUCUUAACAUGUUCCCCUCUUUGGCCACAUUAGAUUUGUCCAGCAACCUCCUAGGUGGGGUCAUUUCUGAACAUCACUUAGUUACUUUCUCCAAGCUACGCUACCUGGCCUUAUCUUCAAACAAUUUCACUUUCAAUGUCUCAUCUGCUUGGCGUCCUCCUUUCCAAUUGCAAUACAUAUACCUUAGGUCUUGCAACUUGGGCCCCAAAUUCCCCAAUUGGCUUAGAACUCAAGUCAACAUUAGGGAGCUUGACAUUUCCCAUAACGCCAUCUCCGAAUCAAUCCCCUCCUGGUUUUGGAAUACAACAACUCACUUUGCGCUUUUUAAUAUUUCAAAUAAUGGACUCAAGGGAAGAAUUGGAAAUGGUGCUCAGGCAUCAAUCCAAGGUGGCGAACUAGAUAUCAGUUCGAAUCAAUUACAAGGUGUCAUUCCACCCUCUUUCUUCAAUGUGACAGCACUGCGCCUUUCUCGGAAUAACUUCACUGACCUCAACUUCCUAUGUGACAUUAAGGCACAUGCUGGUGUGAAGCUUUUGGAUAUCUCAUUCAAUCAACUUUCCGGAACACUUCCAGAUUGCUGGUCAACAGUCUCUGAUCUGCGAUUUCUCAACUUGGGAAACAACCGCAAUCUAUCAGGGACUCUUCCAACAUCCAUCGGAUCAUUGGCUUCCCUACAGGCAUUGCAUCUUGAAUAUAACAAUUUUACAGGCCCUCUACCUUCAUCCAUGAAAAACUGCUCCUCCUUGGUAUCUUUAGUUCUUGGAUACAACAACUUCUUUGGACCAAUACCAGAUUGGGUGGGUGAAAGUUUAACACAACUUUUUAUACUUGUGCUAACAUCCAACCACUUCAAUGCAAGUUUACCAAUGACCUUGUGCCAUCUCCAGUCUCUUCAGCUGUUGGAACUAUCCAUGAACCAGAUCUCAGGUACUCUUCCCAGCUGUCUUUCUAAUCUCACUCAAAUGAUGACUGUAACAGAAGACGGUGGCGAAAUGAUUUAUGCGUUAUCAUUUUCUUCAACUGUUUCAAAUACUACAUUGCACAAAUUCACAACACAAGAGGAAAAGAUAGAUGUUACAUGGAAAGGUAUGGUCUAUGAAUUUGACCGUAAUUUAGGAUAUCUAAAUAGCAUUGAUCUGUCAUCCAACAUGUUGAGUGGUGAAAUUCCAACUGAAAUCACAUCUCUUGUUGAGUUGGUCUCGUUGAACUUAUCACGAAACAAUCUAACAGGACAGAUUCCUCUAAGCAUUGGUAACUUGGCAAAAUUAGAUGCUCUUGAUUUGUCUAGUAACCAUUUGUCUGGUAGCAUUCCUCAAAGCCUUGCCCUUAUUCACGAUAUGGGGGUUCUCAAUGUGUCAAAUAACAACUUAUCUGGAAGAAUUCCCAAAGGCACACAACUUCAGAGCUUUAAUGCAAGUUUAUACAUGGGAAAUCCCGCGCUAUGUGGAGAUCCACUCCUCAAUAACUGUGAUGGAAAACAAACAACAUAUCCUUCUCCUCCUGGAUCCUGUGAAGAAGAAGAACAAGAAGAUGAUAAGCUUUUUGGCAGCGAGUUCUAUGCAAGCAUGGUGGUCGGAUAUGGUGUUGGAUUUUUGGGAGUUGUUGAGACGAUGCUAUUCAACAGGCCCUGUAGGUUUGCAUUUUUCGAAGUCCUUAACAACUUUGCUAAUUGGAUUUAUGUUGUGGUUGCAAUACACAAGGCCAAGUUCCUGAGAUCACUUGGUGGGUAACAGGCCAGUGUUUAAAACUUUAGAUAGUUGCAGGUAAUGAGGAACAGUAUGGGGAAAAAGAAAUCACUCAGAGGAGUAUUAAAACAGCUCAUGAUGCAGCAAAUAUGAUUGAUGAGGAGGAUCUGAUAUAUAAUGCCAAUAAAGUUUGAUAUUUAUUUCCAUUUUCUUAACCAGGUGUAUUAAAGAUAUCAUCUCCACGAGUCUUUUUGGCUGCUUAAGAUAUUGUGAUCUGUUCAAUUAAGAAUAGUGGAAAUUGUAUAUACUCCUUCAAUAUUCUGAUAACUUUACUUUGUACUAUUUUGUAAAGCUUUUAAGCUUAGAUAGGAUCUUGACUUGUCUACUACUAGUGUACUACAACCUGUCAACGCCCUCCAAUUUCCAUUUCCUAUCGGCUUCCAGAUGUUAUGAUGCCUCGUGUCAUGGGAACAUUAGCAUUAGUACUGUAAGUAUGUUAGUAUGUGUUCUAGACUAUAUGUUCCAUAUUUUUAAGUAGUAUGAACAAAAUUUUGUUAUCUGUUGAGUUUUCAGAACAUUCUUUACCUCUACUUGAUCACAUUAUUCAUUCAAACAAUGUUUACAUUUUAGUCUUCCUUGGCUUUUCCUAAUUCCACCGAAUCACAAACGAUGCCAAAUAUGGAUUACCAAUUUUGUGCUUAACAAGAACUUUGUCUCAGUUAUCUUUUCAUGGUGCAAGGCUGCAAGAGGGGGAAGGAUGGAAGGAAAAAUCUGCAUGAUAUAACUAUCUGAUAGUAUGUAUUGAAGUAAGUUUUUAAGCUAGGGAAGUAGGGAGCUAGCUGCUAUUGGAAAUAUAUAUAUUUAUGUUCAGCUGCUUUCUUAGGGAGUGUUUGCGAUUGCUUCUGCUUUUUAAAAGUGAUUUUUUUAAGAGAUUAUUGGAAAAGUGAUUUUAAGUAAAAGUAGAUAGUGUUUGGAAAUAGAAGUGAUUUUUAUUAAAAGGUAAAAGUUGGAGUGUUUGAUAAAAAAGUGAUUUUUGAUGUAAUGUUUUAUAAAAGUACGAAUAUGCCCUUUUGGAUAUGGUUUUCUUUCUUGUUUCAUCAGCCACGUGUGUUUCUAUAAUUUCUUUGUGUUUUAAGGUGCCGUUUGGAGCCUAGAAAAUAGGCUGAUAAGCCUUAAAAUGUAAAAAGAGAGCCAAACACAUGUCAUUUGGGCUGUUUGGACUGAUUUUUCUUAUCAGCCAAAAAAGUAACUAAAGGGUUACUUUUUCAGCUGAAAUCUAUUAAUCCACCGUUCAAAACCAAAAAUACUCCUCUGCCCUUGCCGUGAUACAUCUGCUUCAGAAGAUGAAGACCACUUCUACAUCGAUGAAUUCUCGCUCAAGCUUAGAUGCUUUUUCAAAAUAUGACAAUUAGGACUGCCAUUGAUACUGGGUGUGUUUGCAAGCUGGGGAUGGAAUUUGCUGAAUCAUGGGAUUCUAAGAGUUUCACUUGCACCGAUAGACAAUCUCACCAGUCUGAAGUUCAAUUUGCGUUAGAACCUGAAAUACCUGCAAUUUUAGGGAUUAUCCCAACACAACGCCUUCCUUUCCCUUCAAGCUCUUUUGAUAUGGCUCAUUGCUCAUGGCUCAUUGCUCAAGAUACCUAAUUCCUUGGACUGAAUUUGUAAUUGACAGAUGCCUAAUCCUGAUCUUGUUUUUGCUUAAUCAUGCCUUAAGUUUUUCGUAUAAGCAUGUGGAAUUAGUGGUUGGUUAAAUUCUUGCACAAUCUUAGUUGUUGAUGACGACAUAAGCUUGGGUUAAAUACUUGCACAAUCAUGCCUUUCGCAAUUUAUAUGGUACACCCGGCUGUACCUUCCUCUUGGUACAGCCAGGUAAUUUUGUAAUAAACUGCAACUUCUAUCCUCUUUAUUUCUUCUUUUUCCCUUUGUUCGCUUUUUCCCUUUGGUCGUCGUCUCGCAGCUUUCAUCUUCUUCCGCGGAUUGCUUCUUAGUAGCAAUGCCAUAGAUUUUGUUCUUCGAUCGGUUCUUCCGGUCCUUCUUCUGUUUAUUUGUUAUCGAUCUUCCCGGUUUUCUUCUGCAGCUUUCUCCAUUCGUAGUUUCGAUUUUACUUCACUGAUCGAUUUAGGUAAGUAGUUUUCUUUGCCGUUUCACAUUUAUAUGUUUUUUCCUUCUUCCGUUUCAAAUUCUUUUUUGUUUCGUCGAAGUUAUCUUUUCCUGUAAUCAUCUUUAUUUUUACUCAACUUAUUUUUUGGUUGUAUUGUUAUACGUUGUCGCUACUGUUAUAACUAUUAUAAGUUGUUUCAGUUCAAUUUUUUUCUGUUUUAGAUUCUUAUCGACCAUAUGGCUGAUUUUGGAGAUUGUAUUUCUCCCCGUGGAAGAUUAAUUGAGGAUAUAGAUUCUGGAGGCGGAAUUGUUGGCAUUCAAUCCAAUUUCUUGGAUUCUGCUGUUAAUUUCAGUGAAGACCAAAAUCUUGUUUGUGCAACAGAAUCUCUUUCUUUCGGACCAACUGAACGUUCAUCUAGUUUUGAGACUGUACAAGUUUGUCAUGAUCCUGUUUCUGUUGAAACCAUAUUAGUGAAGGAAGCUGAAUUUUCUGAGUUGCUUGGUACAACUGUAUUUUCAGAGGAAGAAGCAUUUCAAUUGUAUAAUGAUUAUGCUUUUCGGAUUGGUUUUGGAGUUAGGUACUCUACUUUGAGAAAGAGGGAUGGUGGUUCUGGCUUUAGGGGAAGGGAGUUCUGCUGCACUAAACAAGGCUUAAAAAAAAAUAAAGGCGUUGAUGGGAAGCAAUUCACAAAAGUUGACAUUCGUACUAAUUGUAAGGCACGAAUUUAUUUUGAGAUAAAAUCUAGCGGUGAGUGGGUUGUUGUCAGACACCUUAUGGACCAUAAUCAUCAGUUUUGUCCAAACUCAUUAGUUCAUCACGUUAGAUCUCAUCGUUCUAUUUCUUCUAAUGAGUUAGAUUACUUGCAUCAUUUGAAAAAACAAGGAGUCAAGAUAGCUGAUGGAUUUCGAUGUUUGCAAGCGGAAGCAGGUGGAUCUCCUUCGGUUGGUUUUCUCUUGCGUGAUGCAUAUAACGAAUUGACAAAACAGGUCAAGAAAUCUUUUGAUGGUUCUGAUGCCAAUACCCUGAUUAACAUCUUUAAGAAUAGGCAGUCAAAUGAAGAAGAUUUCUUCUUCUCUUUUGAGAUAGAUGUGGAUGGUUCUUUAGUCAGUUUCUUUUGGAGAGAUAAAAAAAUGAAGGAAGAUUAUCUAUCUUUUGGUGAGCUAGUUAUUCAUGAUACGACCUAUCGUACUAAUAAAUACGAUAUGAUAUGUGGACCGUUUGUAGGAAUUAACCAUCAUACCCAUACAUGCAUGUUUGGUUGUGGAUUUCUUCUCAAUGAAAGAAUUGAAUCUUUUGAAUGGCUUUUCACUACUUUUCUGAAUUCAAUGGAUUUUGUGCAUCCGAAAACUAUUAUGACAGAUCAGUCAUCCGCCAUGUCUGCUGCAAUAGUUAAAGUCUUUCCUUCUUCAAGGCAUCGUCUUUGUAUAUGGCACAUAAUUGAAAAUUCUAAAAAACGUAUACGAGAUUUGAGGAAUGACGAAGGCUUUUUGGCUUUAUUUGAUCAUGUUUUGAAACUCUGUCAGACUGUUGCAGAGUUUGAUCAUUAUUGGAAUAGGAUGGUUUGUGAAUACAAAUGUUCUGAUAAUCCUUGGUUGACCAAACUGUACGAGAUGAGAGAGAAAUGGUGUCCAGCUUUUUCAAAGCAGUUCUUUUCUGCUGGAAUUUUGUCUUCACAACGAAGCGAGUCCACGAAUAACUCAAUAUCUAGAAAACUGAAUGCAAACUCGUGUCUUUGUGACUUCUACCAUUUUUUUAGUGAAAGUGUGAGUCAAUGGAGAAGUAAUGAGGGUAAAGAUCAGCAACGUUGUUGGGAUGGUUUUCCGGAAAUUGCCAUUCCUUUUGUUGGUUUGUUACAUAAAGCCUCCAAGGUCUACACGAUUGAUGCGUAUAAACUGUUUGAGAAAGAAUUUCUACGAGGUAUGUCCCUGAAAUAUGAACUUAGACAUCAACAAGGUUCUUUGAUGUCAUAUUUGGUAUGGAUGCCUCAAAUAGAUAUAUUUUCACAUUGGGUUUCUUUUGAUAUGACAACACAUUUUGUUAAAUGUUCAUGUGAGAAAUUCUCAGAAGUUGGUAUUUUGUGUUGUCAUAUUCUUCGUAUAUAUCAUAUUCACUGUGUAGAAGUUAUACCGGAUUGUUAUGUUCUGAAACGUUGGACGCGUAGUGCAAAGUGUGUUCCAACUGAACAAAUAUAUGCCUCAUCUGGGACUUCUAAUGUUUUACCUUCUGUUUGGAGAAUGCAAAUGCAAAAGAAAUUUCACAAGCUUUUGUGCUCUAGUGAUUCUAAUUCUGCAGCAAGACAUUUUUGUGAAGAAUCUUUUACAAAGUUGAAAGUGGAUGUUGAAGAGCAAGUUGGAAGUAUUUACUUUUCAGAUAGUGAAUCUUCUACAGUUGGUUUGGGUUCAGCAAUAUCUAAUCCAAAGUCUUCAAGGAAGAAGGGUGAAAGAAAUGUCCGUCGCAAGAGUCUUAUUGAAAUCAAAACAAAUCAAGCUAGAGCAAAGAAGAAGUCACGUCAAGCUAGUACAUCUGAAACUGAUCAAGCAAAUUUGUAGUUUGAUUUUCCAAUAGCUAUGUAGUAAUACUGUUAUAUUCACUAGUUUACUAAUGACUGGUGUCAGGUUUUUUUAUUACUCAACAUUUUUGUGUUCAUGCUCAGACCGUAGCUGUAUGUUAAUCAUUUAAAAUUAUGCUUUGGAAUAUUAUAAAUGUUCUCUGAAA